UCUCUACAUUUUUUAUCUGUAAGAUCGUGGCUGGGUCGGCUGUCGCGUCUCUUGAAUUUUAAUGCUCUAAGAGCAACAGAGGAAGACUGAUAGUCGCCUCUUUCUAUUAAAUUAGACGAAGCUCCGAGCUCAUGAACGCGCAGUUCGAGCGAUACCUCAGUCUUUAGAUGAUUGAGGAACAGUGAGAACCAAACUCCUCAAAUCUUGUAAAUGACACUUCAAUUUCACUAUUCUUCAACACACUUGUCAACAUUCCUCAGAUCGUACUGUGUUGAAUUAGGAGAGCUGUACAUAACCAAAGAACCUGCUAAUCGCACGUGGUACACACAGUACAAUGUAAUCGAAUGAGUAUCACCGUAAUUUCAACGCUAUAUAAAAAAAAAUUCGAUCCUGUACUUUCCUCACCUUUCAUUUCCAUCAACGUGAAAAGGGGACUGUUUAAAGAUGGUAGAAGUUAGCGUAGGAGACGUAGUGAUGCCCGGUGAUAUCGUGAAAGAUAUUACAACUAUUAAUAAAAAGGAAACAAUCAUCCUGGGACCGGGACUUCGUCGCGAGGCAGACACAGUGUUCGCGUACAAAGCCGGUGUUUUGAAGAAAACGCCACCGGCCGUGUACUACGUCGACAGUUAUCAAAAACGGUAUGUACCGAACCGGGGAGAGAAUGUAGUUGGCAUAGUGACUCAAAAGGGUGGCGAUAUUUUCAAGGUGGACAUAGGAGCCAGUGAACAGGCAUCACUAUCAUACUUGGCAUUCGAGGGUGCCACGAAGAAGAAUCGCCCAGACAUUCAAGUCGGGGACAUCGUAUUUGCCAAGCUUUUAAUAGCCAGCAAAGACAUGGAACCGGAAUUAGUAUGCGUGGAUUCCCAUGGGAAGGAGAAGAAGUUAGGUGCUCUAAGCUCGGACGGCAUGCUUUUCACUUGUUCUCUGAGCCUCAUCCGGAAGAUAUUGAACCGCAGUUCCCCGCUCUUCCAAACACUUGCGCACAGUCAAGCGUUUGAAGUCGCGGCUGGUAUGAACGGUCGAGUUUGGGUGAAAGCAAGGACUAUCCCAGAAACGAUAGCAGUGGCGAAUGCUAUUUUAGCAGCGGAAUACGCCGCUCCUAGUGAUAUAAAGAAGCUAUGCUCGGACAUCGAGAAGACUUUACUUCUAAGUCAACCUGGUAACACAGAUUGAAUAGUAAUACGAACAAUUGUUGUGAAUGAUUAUUUAUUGUACCAAUAUUUUUAAUGAAAGUUUUAUAAAUAAAUCUGUAUGAUUUCUUAUAUGAAA